AUGAAGUUGUGGCGCGCCGCACUGGCCCUCUGUUGGGUGGUCUAUGCGUAUGUGUCUGCUCUCGAUGAUGCGGCAGUGGAACAAGUGUUGGCGCCGGACGCGUCGCCAUGGCUCGCCAUCGACUCCGACAAGUCUCUGCUUUCGCGCAUUCUUAUACCACGCGUAUCCGGCACGCAGGAGAGUGCGAAAGUACGUGAGAUACUUUCGCAUCCUUUUCGAGAAGCGAAGAACAAGCAUGGGAAAUCCAAGUGGCAUAUCGAGAUAGAGCCAUUUGAGGCGCGCACACCCUUGGGCGAGCGCACCUUUGCCAACGUUAUCUUGACACGCGACCCGGACGCAGCGCGAAAACUGGUCCUUGCGGCGCACUAUGACUCCAAGUACUUCCCGCCUGGGUCAGCGGAAGAAGGAUUCGUGGGGGCCACCGAUAGUGCAUUUCCAUGCGCCAUGCUGGUGGAUGUGGCCAUGGCGCUGGAUGCGCCACUCGACGCCUAUACAGCGAACAGGACCGCUGCUCGCAGAUCAUACCUGCCGGCGCAUGAAGAUGUGACUUUGCAAAUUGUGUUCUUUGAUGGGGAAGAGGCCAUGCACCAGUGGUCUUCUACCGAUUCCAUCUAUGGAGCGAGGCACUUGGCGUCCCAAUGGCUUCGCACAUGGGAUGUGCCUGCUUGGCCCCCGUCGCAUGCUGAGCCGCGGCACGUUACAGGCAAUCACGCUCCCAUCCGCCGCAUCCACAGUAUCAACCAUUUUGUGUUACUCGACUUGCUCGGCUCACCCAAUGCUUCUGUACCAUACUACUUCGGCAACACACGGCAUCUACACUCUCAGUUUCACGAUAUCGAGGGACGACUUUUGAUGCAAAAAAGGUUGUGGCCUGAGGGCGCCGCCUAUGAACGCCUCUUUCGUGAUGAGCGCGGCCCGUCUGGUAUUGGUGAUGAUCAUGUGCCCUUUCUCCAGCAGGGUGUGCCCAUCCUUCACAUGAUACCAUACCCCUUUCCAUCCGUGUGGCACACAAAAGACGACAACAAGUCGGCACUGGAUCAAGCAACGCUCUAUGCAUGGACACGCAUCCUGCGCAUAUUCACGGCUGAGUAUUUGGGUCUUGCAUGA